CCGGCCGGACGGGCCCGACUCGCCGCCGCUCGGGGCGGCAGCAGGUGGCCCCGGCGCGCAGAGCGCCCCACCGCGCCCCGGAGCCGCCCGGGCUCGCCUCGCCGCGCGGCAUGGAGGCGGGCGGGGACCGCGAGGAGCUGGCCCACCUGCGCUCGGUCUUCGCCGCGUGCGACGCGAACCGCUCGGGGCGCCUGGAGCGCGAGGAGUUCGGCGCGCUGUGCGCGGAGCUGCGCGUGCGGCCGGCCGACGCCGAGGCCGUGUUCCAGCGCCUGGACGCCGACCGCGACGGCGCCAUCACCUUCCAGGAGUUCGCGCGCGGCUUCCGCGGGGCCCGCCGGGGGGGCCGGCCCCGAGCCGGGGCUCCCCGCCCCCCCGCGGCCGCCCCAGCGUCGGCGGGGCCCGACCCCGAAGAGAGCGGCGAGGCGGGCGAGGGCGAGGACGAGGACGAGCGCGAGGGCGACGGGGACGCGCGGGCGGCCGCCUGGGGUCGGGCGAGCCCCGGCCAGGCCUGGCGGGACUUCCAGGAGCGACUCGGCGACGAGGCCAAAUUCAUCCCCAGAAAAGAACAAGUUAGUACCUUGUAUCUAAACAUCAACCUUGUGGAGCCAAGACUAAUUCAGCCAUAUGAACAUGUUAUCAGGAACUUUAUCCGUGAGAUCAAACUGCAGAGCACAGAAAUGGAAAACCUGGCCAUUGCAGUGAAGAGAGCCCAGGACAAGGCAGCGAUGCAGCUGAGUGAGCUGGAAGAGGAAAUGGAUCAGAGGAUUCAGGCAGUAGAACACAAGACGCGGAAAGACGAAAAACGUAAAGCUGAGGAAGCCCUCAGUGACCUCAGACGUCAGUAUGAAACAGAAGUAGGGGAUCUACAGGUGACAAUAAAGAAACUCAGAAAGCUAGAAGAACAGUCGAAACACAUCAGUCAAAAAGAAGAUGUGGCUGCAUUAAAGAAGCAAAUUUAUGAUUUAUCAAUGGAAAAUCAGAAAGUUAAGAAAGAUCUUUUAGAAGCACAGACAAGCAUAGCCUUUCUUCAGAGUGAAUUAGAUGCUUUGAAAAGUGAUUACGCCGAUCAGAGUCUGAAUUCAGAAAGGGAUCUGGAAAUAAUCCGAGAGUACACAGAAGAUCGAAAUAGUCUUGAGAGGCAAAUUGAAAUACUCCAAACAGCUAACCGGAAGUUGCAUGACAGUAAUGAUGGCCUUAGGACUGCCCUUGAAAACAGUUACAGCAAGUUCAACAGAUCUUUGCGCAUAAAUAAUAUAUCACCAGGGAAUACAAUUUCUAGAAGCAGUCCCAAAUUUAAUGGUCAUUCUCCUCAACCUCUGGGCUAUGACAGGUCAUCCCACUCUUCCUACAUGGAUGAGGACUGUGACUCGUUGGCCCUCUGUGACCCUAUGCAGAGGAUGAAUUGCGAGGUGGACAGCCUCCCUGAGAGCUGCUUUGACAGCGGCUUGUCUACCCUAAGAGACUACAAUGAAUAUGACUCGGAGGUGGAAUACAAACAUCAGAGGGGACUUCGGAGGUCACACGGCACGCAGGAGAGCUUUGGGGGCGAUGCUUCAGACAUAGACGUUCCUGAUAUAAGGGAUGAAGAGACGUUUGGUGCAGAAGGUGUGGCUGCCAUCUUAGACUGGAAGCCCCAUGGGUCCCCUAGUGAGGGCAGCGUGGUCAGUUCUUCAAGAAAGCCCAUCUCGGCUCUGUCACCACAGACAGACAUGGUGGAUGGCAGCCAUAAAUCUUCCAGCUCACAGAAGGCUUACAAGAUUGUACUUGCUGGGGAUGCUGCAGUGGGGAAGUCCAGUUUCCUCAUGAGACUCUGCAAGAAUGAAUUUCGAGGAAAUACAAGUGCCACCCUGGGAGUCGAUUUUCAGAUGAAAACUCUGAUUGUGGAUGGAGAACGCACAGUACUCCAGCUCUGGGACACGGCUGGUCAGGAGAGAUUCAGAAGUAUUGCCAAGUCUUACUUCAGAAGAGCCGAUGGUGUUCUGCUGCUGUAUGACGUUACAUGCGAGAAAAGCUUUCUCAAUGUACGAGAAUGGGUAGACAUGAUUGAGGAUGCGAUCCAGGAGAGUAUUCCUAUCAUGUUGGUGGGAAACAAGGCUGAUCUUCGUGCUGCUGCCACAGCAGAGGAACAAAAGUGUGUCCCAGGAUACUUGGGAGAAAAAUUGGCCAUGACCUAUGGGGCAUUAUUCUGUGAAACCAGCGCUAAAGAUGGCUCAAAUAUAGUGGAAGCUGUUCUCCAUCUUGCUCGGGAAGUGAAGAAAAGAACCGAUGAAGAUGACAGCAAAUCCAUUACCAAUCUGACUGGGACCAGUUCCAGAAAGUCAACCCAGAUAAAGAACUGUUGCAGUAGUUAAAUCCCAAACAUCCUUGGCCUGUCAAGUCUUCAGUCCCAGAGUACGGGGUGUCUGGUGACUCGUUUGCUUCUUGCAGAGUGGCACAUCCUCCAGACUCUGCCAUGUGGAAAGUUACAGUGUGAGAAUCUGAACUGUGCUUUUAGAUCCUUCUGGAGCCCUGGCUCUUUGCUAUGUCUCCACAAGUGAUUGGGGUCCUCGGUUAAAUGUACUUGUCUUGGCCUUGCAGUGUUUCAAAAGAUAAUAUGUAAAAAGGACUAAAAAAAUCACAUGCUCAGAUCAAAGCUGUAGAAGAAACUUCCUGACGUAGAUUCACGUGGUAGUAGCUGACUUUGUAGAUAAUCUACAACAUUUUUUUCAAGUAUUUGAUACUAGAAUACUAGUAAAAGGGGAUUAUUAUCCUAGCUUUGCUGUUAACUAGCCUGUAGUCUCAGACCUGUCAGCAGCCACAAUAGAUCUGUCUCCUUAUCUGCAAAACAGGCAGCUUGGCUCUGCAGGCCUGGCCUCUCAGACUCUGUGCACUGUGAGGAGUGGGAAGGACUCCAUGAUGGCCCACAGUUAAUGAGGACUCUGACUAGUUGUACUUUUUAAAUAUUGGGGUAUUGAGUUUUCUCAUUUCUGGAACAGAAUUUCAUUGAGGGAAAAUAUGGUAAUGUUUUAGGCUCCAGUGUAGACAGCAAAAUCUAUUUUUUUAUAUACAAAGGAAAAAAACAUUUAUGUGACAAAAAGUUGGACAAAAACAGUGAAGUCCAUGGUUUAAAUUCCAUGUUAAAAAUUCUAAUGAAAACAUUGGAGUCAACACCACAUACUAGUCAAAGUAUAAUGCCCAGGAAAGUUGUCACUCUUAACUUAAAAAUAUGUAACAGCAAGUCAUGGCCAUGGGCUGGGGAAAGGCAGGAGCUGGGAGUGAUUGCUAAUGGGGAUGUGGUUUCUUUGGGAGAUGAGAAUGUUCUGGAGUUAUACUGUGGCAAUGGUUGUAUGACUUUGCAAAUAUAUGAAAUAACAUUAAACUGUUAAAAGGGUGAAGUUUAUGGUAUGUGAAUUAUAUCUCAUUUAAAAACAACCACUUGGAAUGAUUUAACAUUUUGCCAAAUGAAAAUAUGCGUGCUUGUUUCAGAUCUUCCCAUCACUUACAAGCAUAAUCUCCAAUGCAGUGCAAAUCUCUGAACAACCUAGUUGUCGGCAUUCACUUCCUAAAAUAACAAACGGUAAAAGAAAUGAUGUAUGUUUUUGGAAACUGAUCUCUUCAAAAGAGGAAUUAUCCUUAGGAGUGGGAAGUCACAGCCCUUUGCUUAAUGUGACUAGUGACUCCUCCUCACCAACAGUGUGAGGUCCUUCCAGAACCUGCAGUAACUCCUAGAUUUCCCCACUAAAAUGUCUCUGACAGCAGAAAUGUCUCAACACCUGACCCGAGAAAGCCUGGUUUCUGGUUUUUGGUUCUCAGUGGCCUUGAAAGCAAUUAAGUUAUCCCCAACCAGAGAUGUGAACUUAACUUUGGUUCAUAUAGGUCCAGGUUCCAAGUAGUCUGCUGAUAAAAACUUAAAUAAUAACUGUUAUUUAUUGUGUUAUAUAAGCUAAUAAUAUUCUUUUGUGUUGAAUUAAAACAAUUCCGAUGCUCAGUUUUCCUCCUGUUUAUGAUUUUUAUGAUCAAAUCUUAAAUUCCCUAGCUUUAUUUUUUUUUAAAUGAAAACUGACCAGAUAUGUUACACAUACAGAUUAUAAAUAGUCACGACAUCCUUGAGUUUGUAAAAGCAUGCCCUCUCUUCAUUGACAUCUAGUUUUUUUACUGGGAAGUUUGAUCUAUCCCUAGCAACUCUACCAUGCAUUUCCAUCUGCUGGCUUUGGUCACAGAAAAAGAAUUUUACAUUUUUGAUGGGAAAGAAUGCCUCGCUUGUGGAGUCUUGUCAAACUGAACAGGGAAGGAGGUGGUUACUUUGGUGCCAUGGUGAGAUACACAUUUUGCCACUACUGGUUGCCUCCGGGGCACCUUUGGAACCCAGGUUAGAAAGGAUCUAUGGGUUGGCAUAUGGGACACAUGUUUCCGGUAUUUGGUGUAGUUGCAAACAACUGUGUUAGUAUACAUGUUACUGUGUUGCCUUUAUUUAUUUUCCCCCAAAGUGCCUCUCUGUAUUUGUCUGACAGUUUGUACAUAGAACAUAUCUUUGAUACAGAAGUAUUAUCUUGGCUUUUGCCUCUGGCUUGUAUGGCUAGUACCCCCAAAUUGAUUCUGAGAUUGCACAGGCACCUUUGGUAGACAAUGCAGUCGUCUUUGUUCGAACCUGAAUAAAUAUUUUGGCAACAGAAUCCAAAUCAGAGACUUACAGCUCUGGUAAGCAAUCUUAUUUGAAGAAAAGCUACUUUAAAAGCUCUUUCAGCUGCAUUGGUGGGAAAUCAUAAUUAUCAGCAACAUUUAAUUUCAGGAAGGUGUUCUCAAGGUAUAUUUUUUAUGAGAAGAAAAUAUUUAAUGUUUUUAACCUAGACUUAAUGUGACACAUUCGCAUAGUCCUAUGCAACUAACUCAUCUUGACUCAAUUUUUCCUUCGAGAGCUUUUAAGAUCAUGAUUAUACAAUGCUCCUUUUUUUAUGCAUCCUGACACAUUGGAUAAUAUUUUAAUUUUAUCAUGGAAAAUAAUGUUGGAUAAGGAGACACUUUUCUCUGUUAACUUUUAGCUUCAUUCAUUUUCAUAAUUUAUUUUUUCCACUUGCUGCUUUAUAUGACAUAUGUGACAUUUGAUUAUUUAAUACCAAAUGUGAUUUGCAUAAACCCAAGUCACACAACUCUCUUGCUGAAGAUAAAAUUGAGGUUAAAAGAUAAAGAUUUAUUUUCAUAUUUGUAUAGUGAUCAGCUUCAGAGUGAAGGCUUUUGUGGGCUUUUAUUGUAUAUGUGUGUAAGAAAUUUCAUAUGUAUAUAUUAAGUAGGCCUCUGAGUAUUGAAUAAUUGUUUCAUGAUUUUGAUUUAUUUGGUUUACAUUUUCAUUGUAUCGGCCAUAUUUCAUUUAUACUGUUUAUUUCUCUUCAAACCAUUAAUAAUUAUACCAUAAAGUGUAAUUUUUAUAGCAAUGCAAAUGUCUAAGGAACUACAAAUAUUUCCUGCAUUGUAAAUUUAAUAAAGCAUGCUUCCUUUGGCCUUU